UUUUUUUCUUUUUUUUUAAAUUUUUAUUUUUGGGAAUCUAAGUUUUACAUUGUGGCUUGAUACUUUAGAGAAGUGAGAUAGUCGUUCCUUGCUCCAAUAAAUUAGGGUAAUUUCCCAAUUUCUCAAUUCGCCAAAUCUCAACUCCCCUACUUCCCACCUAUUCGCCAAUUUGACGUCGAUGAAUAACGUUGCUACUUAAUCGAAGACGGCGAUAUUUGUGAUCUCCCUCGCUUCCAUAGAUUCCACUUCAGUGAACUUGAAGAGGGUUUGACUCAGAGAUGCCGAAGUUUCAUGUUGGUGGGAAAGUAGUUGACGGAGUUGAUUUGUUGAGGAAGAAGCAGAAUCUAUGUAGACUCGAUGUGUGGCCAUUUGCCAUUCUAUAUGUUCUUUGGCUGGCAAUGAUUGUUCCUAGUUUAGAGAUAACUGAUGCUUUGAUAGUUCUUGGUAGUCUUAUUACCUUCCACAUCUUGAUUCUGCUGUUCACAGCGUGGUCUGUUGAUUUCAAAUGCUUUGUACAAUAUAAUAAGAUUGAUGAUAUUCACCAAGCAAAUUUCUGCAAAAUUACUCCAGCUAAGUUCUGUGGUUCAAAGGAAAUUGUCCCUCUAGAGUUCCGUAAAAUUGUAGCCACAGAGGAUACAGAAGAAAUUUUCUUUGAUUUUCGAAAGCAAAGAUUUAUCUAUUCAAAUGAAAACGAAACAUUCUACAAGCUUCCUUUUCCCACAAAAGAAACAUUUGGAUAUUACCUCAAAAAUACUGGACAUGGCUCUGAAGCUAAAGUUAAUGUUGCCACCGAGAAAUGGGGUCGCAAUGUAUUUGAGUACCCCCAACCUACUUUUCAGAAACUUAUGAAAGAACACUGCAUGGAGCCAUUUUUUGUAUUCCAGGUCUUCUGUGUAGGUCUCUGGUGUUUAGAUGAAUAUUGGUACUACAGUUUGUUCACUUUGUUCAUGCUGUUUAUGUUUGAGUCAACUAUGGCAAAAAGUCGUUUAAAAACUUUAACAGAGCUUAGGCGUGUACGAGUUGAUAGCCAGACCCUAAUGGUUCAUCGUUGUGGCAAGUGGGUAAAGCUUUCUGGGACAGAUCUUCUUCCUGGAGAUGUUAUUUCUAUUGGACGCUCAACUGGUCAAUCUGGUGAGGAUAAGUCUGUACCUGCAGACAUGCUAUUGUUAGCUGGAAGUGCUAUUGUUAAUGAGGCCAUUCUAACAGGCGAGUCUACUCCUCAGUGGAAGGUAUCCAUUGCAGGCAGAUCUAUUGAAGAAAAGCUAUCAAUUAAACGAGACAAAAACCAUGUACUUUUUGGUGGUACUAAAGUUUUGCAGCAUACUCCAGAUAAGUCCUUUCCUCUGAAAACCCCUGAUGGUGGCUGUGUAGCUGUUGUCUUACGAACUGGAUUUGAGACAAGUCAAGGGAAGUUGAUGCGCACAAUAUUAUUUUCUACUGAGAGAGUUACAGCUAAUAGUUGGGAAAGUGGAUUGUUCAUAUUAUUCUUGGUUGUAUUUGCUGUUAUAGCUGCUGGUUAUGUGCUGAAGAAGGGGCUGGAAGACCCUACAAGGAGCAGAUAUAAACUUAUUCUCAGUUGUUCGCUGAUUAUAACUUCUGUUAUACCCCCUGAGCUUCCAAUGGAAUUAUCUAUAGCUGUUAAUACUUCCCUAAUUGCUUUAGCAAGGCGUGGCAUAUUUUGCACUGAGCCAUUCCGAAUUCCAUUUGCUGGAAAGGUUGAUAUAUGUUGCUUUGAUAAAACAGGAACCCUUACUUCUGAUGAUAUGGAAUUUUCUGGUGUUGUUGGGUCCACUGAAAGUAUGGAACUAGAAUCAGACAUGAAAAGAGUGCCUGGUCAAACUCUGGAAAUUCUUGCUUCUUGUCAUGCAUUAGUCUUUGUGGACAACAAAUUGGUUGGAGAUCCUCUUGAGAAAGCUGCACUCAAAGGAAUUGACUGGUCCUACAAAUCUGAUGAGAAGGCCAUGCCUAAAAAAGGAAAUGGUAGUCCCGUGCAGAUUGUUCAGAGACAUCACUUUGCAUCUCACUUAAAACGAAUGGCAGUUAUUGUGCGUGUUGAGGAGAAUUUCAUGGCUUUUGUGAAGGGUGCACCUGAAACUAUCCAAGAUAGGCUCAUAAGCUUGCCACCAUCAUAUAUUGAUACCUACAAAAAGUAUACUCGUCAAGGAUCUAGGGUUUUGGCUCUAGCAUACAAACCCCUUCCAGAGAUGACAGUCAGUGAAGCCAGAAACCUGGAUAGAGAUGUGGUGGAAAAAGAUUUAACUUUUGCUGGUUUUGCGGUUUUCAACUGUCCAAUUCGCUCUGACUCGGCUUCAAUAUUGUCUGAACUAAAAGGGUCUUCACAUGAUUUGAUAAUGAUUACCGGUGAUCAAGCAUUAACUGCUUGUCAUGUUGCGGGUCAAGUGCAUAUCAUUUCUAGACCAGCACUAAUUCUAUCUCCUUCCAGAGCUGGUGACAAAUAUGAUUGGAUUUCACCAGAUGAAACUGAGACUAUACCUUUUAGUGCAGAAGAGGUUGAAGCCUUGUCUGACACACAUGAUCUUUGUAUUGGUGGUGAUUGCUUUGAGAUGCUGCAGCGUACAUCUGCUGUUUUGCAAGUUGUACCAUUUGUCAAGGUUUUUGCUAGGGUUGCUCCUGAGCAGAAAGAGCUCAUUAUGACCACGUUAAAAACUGUAGGAAGGAUGACAUUAAUGUGUGGUGAUGGGACCAAUGAUGUUGGUGCUCUGAAGCAGGCACAUGUUGGGGUGGCUUUGCUGAACGCAGUGGCUCCAAAUCCAACUGGAGAUUCCUCUGGUAAAAAUAAUUCUACUACAUCCAAGCCCAAGAAAACGAAGCUUUCUUCCGACGAUAAGAAAGCUUCCAGUGUUAAUGGUGAAGGCUCUUCAAGAAAGAAAUCUACUCAAAAAGCUGAAUCCUCGAGCCAAGCAACUAGUAGCAAGCAUUUGACUGCUGUCGAGUUACAGAAACAGAAGCUGGAGAAAAUGCUGGAAGAGAUGAAUGAUGAGGGUGACGGUCGUUCGGCCCCCAUCGUCAAGCUAGGGGAUGCCUCUAUGGCUUCGCCUUUCACUGCCAAGCAUGCAUCUGUAGCCCCGACUACGGAUAUCAUACGUCAGGGUAGGAGUACUCUUGUUACCACACUUCAGAUGUUCAAGAUCCUCGGCCUUAACUGCCUAGCAACCGCCUAUGUCCUUAGUGUAAUGUACUUGGACGGCGUCAAGCUUGGAGAUGUCCAGGCAACUAUCAGUGGGGUUUUCACUGCUGCCUUCUUCCUGUUCAUCUCUCAUGCUCGCCCUCUUCAAACCCUUUCGGCCGAGCGUCCUCACCCGAAUAUAUUCUGCUACUAUGUGUUCCUCUCUCUACUUGGACAGUUUUCUGUCCAUCUCCUCUACUUAAUUAGUGCCGUCAAGGAGGCGGAGAAGUAUAUGCCUGAAGAGUGUAUUGAGCCGGACUCUGAUUUCCACCCAAACCUUGUAAACACAGUUUCGUACAUGGUUGGAUUAAUGUUGCAAGUGGCUACUUUUGCAGUGAAUUACAUGGGGCAUCCUUUCAAUCAGAGCAUUACAGAAAACAAGCCCUUCCUUUAUGCUCUUGUAGCAGCAGUCGGCUUCUUCGUUGUCAUCUCAUCCGAUCUGUUCCGUAGUCUCAAUGACUCAUUAAAGCUGGUACCCAUGCCCCCGGCAUUGAGGGAUAAAUUGUUGAUUUGGGCUUUCGUUAUGUUUUUGUGUUGCUAUUUCUGGGAAAGGUUAUUAAGAUGGGCAUUCCCUGGAAAAAUGCCCGCGUGGAGAAAACGCCAGCAGCAAGCUGUGGCUACCUUGGAUAAGAAGAAGAAUAUUUAAGUUUCAGCAUAAAUGAUUUGCAGAUUAUUUUGAGCGGGCGGACUGUCGUCGGACAUUUUUGUUAGAAUAUGUUUUUUUAUAUAACAAUGGGAGGAAUUUAUUGUGCCCUCUUUUCCCCUUCAGGCAGCCAUAGCAGUUGAGCUAUUAGUGGAUAUUUAACUUGCGCCAUGAUAGGGUUUUAUAAUUUUUAUUAGGACUUUUGUUUCAUUUUUAUUAUUAAACAAUAUUAUAGUAUUUCAUAUUUGUUACUCCCUC